CAUUGCGGGCGCGACGGCCCGAGGGACAGUCUGGGUCUGCUUCCGUGGGGUUGCCGCGGCGGGACGGGCCGGGAAGAUGCCAGUGGCGGUGAUGGCGGAAAGUGCCUUUAGUUUCAAAAAGUUGCUGGAUCAGUGCGAGAACCAGGAGCUCGAGGCUCCUGGAGGAAUUGCUACUCCCCCAGUGUAUGGUCAGCUGUUAGCUUUAUAUCUGCUUCACAAUGACAUGAAUAAUGCAAGAUAUCUUUGGAAACGGAUACCACCUGCUAUAAAAUCUGCAAAUUCUGAACUUGGGGGAAUUUGGUCAGUAGGACAAAGAAUCUGGCAGAGAGAUUUCCCUGGGAUCUAUACGACCAUCAACGCACACCAGUGGUCUGAGACGGUCCAGCCAAUCAUGGAAGCACUUAGAGAUGCAACGAGGAGAAGGGCCUUUGCCCUGGUCUCUCAAGCCUACACCUCCAUCAUUGCAGACGACUUCGCCGCCUUUGUCGGGCUCCCCGUGGAAGAGGCCGUGAAAGGUAUAUUAGAACAAGGAUGGCAAGCGGACUCCACCACAAGAAUGGUUAUGCCCAAAAAGCCAGUUGCAGGGGCCCUGGAUGUGUCCUUUAACCGGUUUAUUCCUUUAUCAGAGCCUGCCCCAGUGCCCCCGAUCCCCAAUGAACAGCAGUUAGCCAGACUGACCGAUUAUGUGGCUUUCCUCGAAAACUGAUGUAUCAUUCUGAGUUCAAGAUCCACCUUCAGAAUCCUGUAUACUGACAGAUAGAGAAAUGUAAAAUUUUUAUUUUCAAUUUAUUGGAUGGAUAAAGCACCUCAGCAUUCCUUACUGAGUAUGUGAUAAAAUACAUAUAUAAAGUAUAUUAUAUAUAUUUUGUCCUUAAACAUUAUGCUGAAUAGUUGUUGAAACAAUUCUCAUUUUGUAAUAUUUGACAAUUUGGAUGGAGCCCGUCAGUAUUAUGCAGUUUAUAUUUCCUAGUACAGCUCUCCUGCUUCAUGGAGGUCAGUGGCUGUCAGCUGUUUGUCCCUGCCCCAGCGCCCAGCACACUCCCAUCUGCACCGAUUGUUGAUACUUAGAGCGAUUCAUUUGGGGUUUGAGGAGGACCGUCCCCAGAGCCAGUAUCUGAGCUGCCGGGGCUUCUGAUGCACCCCCUUCAGAGAAUAUGCUCUCCUUUCUCCUCACCUCCUGAACAUCACUCCUACAGAAUGCUGAAAUGCAGCUGAGGAACCAAAGACCAUUUCCUCAGUAAACCAGUUUGUGAACUUCAGAUUUUUUCCUGAUAGUGUGAGUACAUCCAUUGCUGGCAGUGGAGGGCUUGCCAUGAAAAUGCAACUAUUUAAGACCUUCAGGAGAAGUAUUAGAUGUAAUGUUCCUUUCGGAAGAAGGGAAACUUAGGGUGGAAUGCAUUCUAUCAGUAAAGAAGCUAUUAAGAUAAGUGAUCCACUUUGUACAACUAUCCUGCAACCUACUGGUUGCUUAUAUUUAUCCUUUGGUUCAAGGUCUGCCUUUUGGAGAAACACUGAACAAGUCUUUCAGUUUUUGUGUGAUGCCCUCUAAAUAUUUGGAGGUGUUUAUUGUAUCUUCAGGUUAGAAGCCCCCCUGCUUCAUUUAUUCUGCAUUUGUUCAAUAAAUAUUUAAUUGCAUCAACUGUUUCAUCUGAGAGAGUUUCUAGACAUUUCACUCUCCUGGUCUUUCUGUGGAUACAUUCUAGUUUGUCAUUGUCUCUCAAGAUAUGAAUUUCCUAAUUAAAUAGAAAUGACGUAUAUAGUGGUGAUUACAUGAUUCAUGUUUUCACUCAUUUUAAACACAUUUUUCAGUUACUGUUAACAUUUAUGGAAAUACCUUUUAAAUUAACAUUUUAUUGAACUCCGAUGUAUAAGUCAUGUUGUUAAAACUCCCUUGUUUUACAGUUGAGGAAAUGGAAAUUCAAGAAGCAAGAGGAUCAGUAGCUAGAAAGUGAUGAUGCCAGUUGUUGAACUUCCAGGUAUUAAGUACAAAUUGUAUCCACGGGCCUGAUUUUUAGUAGGUUGGAAUCAAUCCAAAUGUUCAUUAACGGGACGAGGUGACUAAACGGUGUUCAGUGCCGUGCAGCUCCUGGAGGCGUGAGUACGAGAGAGAAGGUCUCUGGACGGAAUUAGGUGAUCUCCACGGUGAAACCAGACGAAGUAGAAGGAGGUUAGACUGUUGCUUUGAGGGUGAGAAAGGCUAUAUGGGUACACGUGCAGCUGUACAUGCUGGUAUUUCAGAAAAA